AUGACAGGCGAGAUAGAGCUGUAUCUCGAGCCGAGGUUAUUACCGCGAGGAAGAAGAGGACGACGCGGGAGUAACGCGAACGGAGAUGAAGCGCGGCUAGGGAGCGAAAGACGCGAGGAGCGGAUACGCAUAGCCAGGGAGAAAUUGAAGGAGCGCGCUAAUGUGAGAAAACGACAGUUCGAGAAAACGACGACGGUCGAAUCGUAUCGACGGGGUGAUCUGGUGUGGUGUAAGAUCCAUCGGAGAUCAGACGCGAGACGGCGAACAACCAGAAAAAUUCACUUAGUCUACGACGGACCGUACAGGAUACGCAAUGUAGUGCGUAGAAACGCGUACGAGCUGGAACAAUUGAACGGUACAUUUUUCGGUGUGUACAACUCGAGACAAUUGAGACCGCACCGAGCAUCGAGAUACGAGAAUGACAAUGAUAACGCACGCUAUGGUAAUGAUGAUGAUGAUGAUAAUGCUAACGAUAGUAACGCGAGUAGUGACCACGAUAGGAAUCACGAGGUUAAUUAUAUCACGAGAAAGGAAGAUAGGAAUAACGUUAGAAGUGAUAAUAGAUACCGCGCUAGAAAUAGAAAUGAUCCGCGUAACGCGAGAGCGAGACAUUAUUAUGAUAUAGCGAGAGACAGAUGUAGAUACGGAAGAGUAAACGCGAAGAGUGGAGUCGAGAAUUACGAUGAUGAUUUACCGCGAAUAAAUGCGCUAGUGAUAAUGCCGAGUUGGAAGAGGAGAAAGUUACGAGAGGAGGAAGGCGAAUGGAAAGUGCCGGGAUGGAGAAAGAAACAAAUCGAGGAAGCGAAGAAAAUGCGUAGAGUGAAAACGCGAAAGUUGCAAAGCGAGGAAACAGAUAGAUCGGAGGUAGCGGUGAAAUUCAAAUGUACGGGUAUACGUUUCAGGGGCGACAAGUGGAAUAAACUGAUUCGCAGCAGAGAACUGAAACGGUUAAAAACGGCGAAUAGGAAAAAGAUACAAAUAGCGAAAAUACGCGAAGCGAAUGAAGAACGCGAGAAAGCGGAGAGAGGAGAAAGUAACGCUAGUGCUGGUAGAGCGGUUAAUGACGCGGAAUGCGCGAACGGUAGCGAAGCCGUGAUAGUAAUUGAAGAAGAGAUAGACAGUCAAACGGUGGGAAAGAGAGUAGCACCGAAUUGUAUGGUGGUGAUACCGCGAGAGACGCGAAAGCGAUUAUUCGAAAGAAUAGCCAUCGAGGCGAGGUACGCCGACAAAGAGAUUACGAUCGGUCGAACCGACGAAGAGAUUAUGCGAGGAACGAUAAUAGAAAUAGAAGAAGAAGAUAGGGAACCGCGAAGUGCGAAGAUAAGUAAAGCUGAUACACGCGAGUGCGAGACACAGAGCGAAGCUAAAGACGAAGUAGAGGAUAAUCACGUGGAGAAGAGAAAACGUACGUUGGUAACGGUAAAUAUUACGCAACGCGAUACCGAGGUAAUAGAUAGAACCGAAAGUGGCGAAAUUGAUUCGUAUAGGUCGACGACGCAGUUGAGCGAGUCGAGAACAGGGAAUAAGGAUACGGAGACGGCAAUAACAGACAAAGUGGCGCGUGAGGUGAAAAAAAAACGUGUUUACACGACGUCGGAGAGCCGGGAUUCGGGGAAUCGUCGCGCACGAGCGGACAAAGGACGAGACGAGAGUGCGCGCAUGAGCGUCGGGAGUACGGAAAGAUCCUCAGUCGUGAAUCUAACGAGCUGUGAGAUGGAUCGCGAGGACAGUGGUGACGACGACGGUUGUAGAGAACGCGAGUUGGCGCGACGGCAAGCGCGAGUAACAGAGUGCCUGAACGAGCGUAUACGGAUCGCGGAACGUUUCAGGGACGCGUGCGGCAGUGUACGCCGAGCGGAGGCCGUGCUCGAGGACAUUCGACGAAAGGAUGUGCCGGACGUCGAGGAGUCGGUGCUUCUACGGCGGUCGACCGCGAAGAUGAACGAAGCGGUGAGACGCGCGGAAGUGAUUUUCGGUGAGACGCGUCAAGUGACAGACAGGGUGUGCUUGUACGACGACACGGGCAAGCUCAGAACGGAGAUUGAGAUGCAAUUUACCGUUAAGCAGCAUCCGGGACCGCCACAAACCGCGCAAACGUACGGAAUUACGUACGAGUACGACGACGGUAAUGUGCGACGUACCGCGGUGAACGUUAGAACGGGCGCGAACAUAGUCAGAGACACGGGGGCGCGUAAAAUUGGCGCGGAACGCGCGAUAAUGCCGGCGAGAGUGACAGAGGAGCGCGGCGAGGCGGACGAGUCGUUACAACCGUCCACGCCGUCGACGGUGAAGCGAGAGGAGGAGGACGCGACGGAGACGUCGUGCCCGUCGGAGGGCGAGCUAGCCGUUCCGCGGGCGAUACCGCUUACCGAACGACCGAACGUGACGGAGACCGAUCCGCAGAGCGACAAGGGUAUUAGAGCGGCCGACGACGAAGGCAGUGAGACGGAAGAGUCGCGAGCGGAGGCAAGCGUGUCGGAGGACGAAGCGAGCCAACCGCCGAUUCUGACGGCGGAGACCGCGACGGUGAGAGGCGACGCGAAGGCGGGAUGUCUAGCAGAGCCGAGGCCGGGGCCGAGUCGAAGGACGGAUGACUCGCAGCCGGGACCGAGUCGCGAGAGGGAGCCGAGCCCCGUGAUCGGGGCAAUCUCAGUCAUUAAUCUGUCCGACGAUGAGUCGGAUGUUUUGUCUUUUAGAUCACCAGCGUUUUCAGAGCUGACAGCGUCGGAGCCGG